GGCUUUUGGCAGGUCAAUGAAAUAUUCAGCAAGCUUGGGGAAAGUCAAGGAAUGCCAUGGCAACAAGUCAAGGACCACUACAAUUGCCAAUAUUCUUGCUCAAAUGUGCAAAAUCUUUGGAACAUGUACUUGGUGUAUUUUGCAAAGAACCCAGAAUCCGAACUUGCCUGGCUCCCUCAGGGUGACCACACAAUUGAAGGGAGCCCCUCUGUAGAUAUUAGGAAGAAGUGUUAUGCGUGUUUUAAAGAAGUAUACUCAGAAAACUAUAUCGACAUCCUGGAAACACAGAAGGAGUCAGAAGAACUGCAAGAUUUAGGUGGAACAGUUGCUCAGCAUCAGCAACUUUUCAACAAGUCCAUU